UUGAAAUUUAAAUAUAUCCCAAUAAUUAAAUUUCAUCUGCCAGGUGUAUUGAACAUGCCAUCCAAAGAGCAAGAUGUUGCUCCAUCUAUUUCACCAGUCCUCUUCAUGACUGUGGAAGGUUUGCCCAUGUCUUUCUAUCUGCGACCGGGUCCUGUCAAACAGAAGCUCCAGCCACUCAUCACAGCUGGAGGGGGGCUGGUGUGCAACAUCCAGCAGCCGGGAGCAAUACUGCUGAUCAAUCCUGAAGACGCAAUCUCUGUUUCAGGAUCUACUGCUCAAAGGUAUGUGUCCACCCAGUAUAUUUAUGACUGUAUAGAGAAGGAGGAACAGCUGAAUAUAGAGGACUACAAAGUAAAUUGCGAUGUGGUCCAGAGACAAUCACCUAGACUCAACAGCAACAAAGACGGCUCUUCUACAUUCUUGGGAGGCAGGCUUGCCUACACCCCUGAAGAAGAUUCCGCCAUUUUGAAUUAUGUUAGCAAACGAACGAGUGAGACAGGGGGCAACCGAAUUUGGAAAGAGAUGGAGAAGCAGCGUGUGACCGCUCACAGCUGGCAGUCAAUGAAAGAUCGAUACCAAGUACGCCUGACUAAGAAAGAACCAAAGGCUGUGGAGGUGGAAACCAAAAAGGGAAACAGUAAAACUGCACCAGAGAAUUCAGAGGCGGAAGCAAAUCAGCAGAUCGAUGCUCAGAAACCCUCAAGUGAAGAGGUUGACACUCCUCACGCAGAUUCAGCAGAGUCUGACCUGACACAGCUGGAUGUCCAACUCAUACCAGCUGGAGGCACGCCUGAAAAUGUAGACCUUCAGACUUCCAUCCCUUUGAAUGAAGACGUGAACCAGCAGCCAGAUGAAAGCUCACAGCAGGAAGCUGAAAUGUCCUGCUCCCCACAGGCUGAACAGCCCUUCCCAGAUACCUCACCAGGAGACUCCCCUUUACCUCAGCUUGAGUCCACCCCAACGAGCACGUCCUCUAAAAAACAAAAGAAGAAGCAGAAGGCGUCUGGUGCUAUGAAACAACCGGCCCGGCGGAUGACGCGCAGGCAGCUUGAGAUGCAGCAGUCCCCUGAGCCCUAUGGAAAGAAGCUCAGGUCGUCCUCAAGCAGCCAUACGCCAUCUCCACAGUCCUCGAAGAGACAAAAAUCAGUCGGGAAAUCAGCUCUUCAAAAAGACACGGCAACAGACUCGCCGCCUCCCAAGAGGGCAAGGGGAAAGUUCACAGCAGCAGAGGAGAGUCAGCCGGAGCAGCGUGGACAGGACGCUGACUCCACAACAGAUGAACCCAAUCCAGCGCAGCAGAAGGUGGUGAAAGCUAAAGAGAAGAGACCGCUGGGGAUUCUUGAACUGGCUACAAGGGAGUUUGAGUCCAAUUCCGAUGAAGAUUCAGAUCUGCAAGACAAUCCUGAAACAGUGGUCCGGUCAGCCCCCACUCCCCCUCCAUUAGACAGCGCUGCAGACCCCCCCUCUGAGGCUGGACCCGGCCCACAGGGGAAUGUGCAGACGUCUCAGACCUCCAGUGAUGGCUGUGUGCCAGACACCGGCUCUGCUGGUCCUUCAGCCGUUGAGCCUGUCCGAGCAGCCUCUAAGCCCCACCUGUUCAUAUUUGACAGCGAAUCUCAGGAAGAAGCCUCUCAGCGCGUCGCUGCCGAAAGCUCAACAGCUCCAUCCAACCAACAGCCCGAUGUCAACGGAGGCACCGCACUCUCUCUGACUCAGUUACAGUUAGAGGAGGACAAGCAGCGAAUCAGAGAGCUGAUUAACCAAACGGGCCAGGACCUAGACAGUGUAACCAAAGCCUUGCUAAGGACCAGCGGAGACUUCUCUGCUGCCCUGGAUCUGCUCUUGAAUCCCUCCGCUGUUUCAUUACCCUUUUGGAAUCGCCAUGACGACAGUCUGUUGCUCUCAGCUGAUUCGGCUGCCCGUCAGCAACUGCAGGAGAAAUAUGGGGAGGAGAAUGUGGCCAAGAGGCUUAUGUUUCUUGAUGCGAAAUUAUAAAAGUGUUACACAGUUUAGAACGGAUGCAGUGAGUACACUCUUCCAAAACAGGAGUCAAAGUUAGCUGAUCAUUGUUCUAAUAACAAUUUCCACACGUUUUAAUGUGGUGUUCCAACAUUUCACCAGAAUAUCUUAAGAAGUUACUAUACAUGUUGGUGAUUUAGAAUUAAGUAACAGAUAAAAAACUUUCUUUUUUUUCCUGUAAAUUUAGAAACAGAUUAUGUUUUUUUGUUGUAAAUUACAAUUUCCACAUCUUGUUCCAACAUUUCAACAGAAAUUGCUGACAAUAUAUUAAGAAUUUACCAUACAUGUUGGUGAUUCAGAAUUUUGAAAUAGAUCAAGGUUGUUGUGGUUUUUUUGUCAAUUUAGAAACAGAUUAUGUUUUUUUGUUGUAAAUUACAAUUUCCACAUCUUGUUCCAACAUUUCAACAGAAAUUGCUGACAAUAUAUUAAGAAGUUACCAUACAUGUUGGUGAUUCAGAAUUUUGAAACAUUUUUUUUGUUAAUUUAGAAAGAAAUUAUGUUUUGGGGUUGUUGUUUUUUUGUACAUUUAGAAACUGUUUUUUUUUUUACAGCAGCACUUCUGGGUUGAAAGUAUGUU